CAUAAAAUUUAUAUAUUUAUAUAGGAAAUUAAAUUUCAAACGCCAGCCUCAAUUACUUAUUGUGUAUUUAGUCGCGUGUUUUAUGUUUUCUGCAACAUUUUGUAGACACAAUUUGGACAUUUGAAAAUCGCUGGCAACACAAUUGAUAAUAUAUAUACUUGUUGCACGAGAGGGCGCGCGCGGCAUGUUGGCUUACAUUUAGCAGCGACUGUUUUUCUUUGUUCAACAGUGGCUCCAAACAACGUACGUACGUAGAUUCGUGUCUCUUUCUCUCGGUGUGUGUACGCGCGUGUGUGUGUGUGUUAAAGUGCAUUUACACUGUGAUAUGGAGCAGCAGCGCUGGCGUCUUGGCAACAUUUCAUAGCUUAGCUACAUGUUGCUACAACAAACUACGAAAGUUUAUUGCCUGUUCGCUCGCUCACACACUCUCCACCCAGCGGAGAUUGACAAAAGCGUACAUUGAACUAUUGUCAUUUUCAUUGUUGUGGUUAAUAUUAGACGCGUUGUGCACAUUCCCAUUCCCAUCAGGAUGACCACCAUGCCGGUGGUGUGGUGCACCGAUCCAAAUUCGGUGAACAACAAACCAACUGCGUUUGCCCUGCACGGCAUACAGCUGCAGGGCAAUGUGACCGAGAAGCAGGUAAAUGCUUUGCGGGAACUGGUCAAUGCGGCGGCUGAGGGACGUCUUAUACUGCCCUCGGAUGGCACAUUUAUGCUGCUCGACAGCGGCCUCAGUAUCGAGAGCUCCAUACUGGCUGGCAAGCAAACGCCCGAUGCGGACAGAAGCCACAUGGAGCCCGCCAAGAAUACUAAGAACACAUAUAUACUGAUGCCGGUUAGCAAUAAUAAGAGCACAGGCAAUGUCACAACAACAACAACAACAACAGCAACGGCAACAAAUUCCACAACAAAAACAACAACGAUGGGCAGUGGCCAUGGCCAGUGCACACCGGCGGCCAUUGCUGCCGCGGCGGCACAAUUGGAAUUUCUGUUGGAACCAAAAUAUUCAACAUUAACGCCGCCCAAUUCACCGCCAAGCUCGGAGCCGGGCCAAGAGAUUCUGUACGAGUUUCUGUGCUGCGCCAAGUGCAUGAACGAGCAGCGUGCGGAUCAUAACGGCACCUGUGGCAGCCGGCGACUGCAGCGCUUCCUGCGGCACUGCAAUAAUGGAAGUGGCAGCAGCACGGAGCCGCCGCAGUUCAAUGAACUGGCGCCGGAAUUGAAUGUGAAUCCUGUGUGCAACAUUGCCAGCAAAUAUGCGCGACGUCAGCAACAGCUGCGUCACAAACAGCUGGCGACCAUCUCAAUGGGCAUUGCACGUAAUCGGCCCAAUGAGCGUCGUCAUCAUGGCAAAUUACCCAUGCACAGUGUGAAAAUCUUUCAUAAUCGCAGCAGUUACACUACCACGAGCGUGGGCGUGCCAGCAACAACAACAACGACGACGGCGACAACGACGACGGCGACUCCCAGUGAUAGUCGCCCGGCGACGGCAGCAGCAGAAGCUAGCGCGAGCGCCAGUUUAACGGUGACAGCGGCGCUGUCAACAACGCAGCAGCUGCGCAGCGGAACGCCGGUUUAUGCGAUUGUGAGCAAAAAGCGUGACGCAAGCAUUCAAAACUAUGAAAAGAACAACAACAACAGCAACAAUACUAACAACAACAGCAACAACGGCACAAACAACAUCAUGUUAGCUGCUGUGCCAGAGGAGCCCAGCCAUUCGAGUCCCACAACGGUUCAAGAUCUAAUCAGUUUUGAGGAUGAUGAACCCAUUGAACCACAAACUGCCAGCUUAGCCAAUGCAGCGGCAGCAACUGCAACAACUGCAGCAGCAGCAACAGCAACAACUGCAGCAACAACAACAACAACUACCAACAACUGUGAUAAGCAACAACAAGUGGAUCUGCUCUGUGCGCCCAACGAUGUGGCCGGGCUGCUAUCAACGCUGCUGGUGACGCCGCCGCCGACGCCGCCCAAGCCAAACUCGCCGGGUUCGAAUAGUUCCAGUCGGAAGACUAGCUUUGAUUCCACCUGCACGGUCAGCUCACUGGACUCGGGCUUUAUGGAGAUGCAGAACAAAUUGGACGCGUUGGCUGCCGCGGCGGCUGUUGCUGCUGCCGGCGGUGAGAAGAUCGCGCGACGCAACUACAAGGAAUGCCUGACGCAGUCGCGCAAUCGCCGCAAAUCCUAUGAAGAGUUCAAAGCCAUGUUCGCUGAGGUGACGCAGCCGGAAGCGCUGGCGCGGCUCACAAGGCGACGCUUCGGUGCCAUGCAGGAGCAACAGCAGCAACAAGUGGUUGCAAGUGUUGAGCUGGCAGCGGCGGCGGCCAUGCCCGUGGCGGCAGAUGACGCAACGCCAGCAGCAGCAGCAGCAACAACAGCAACAACAGCAACAUCAGCAACAACAGCAACAACAGCAACAACAACUACAACAACUAUAACAAACAGCAAUAACAGCGUGUUGACAAUGCUCGCCUCAAUAUCAGAACAAGAAACCACAAACAACAACAACAACAGCAAACCGGAUUGCGCAAACGAGUUUGCGGAUGAAAUGGAUACCGGCGACGAUUUAACAACAAAAACAGCAACGGCAACAGCAACCGUUGCCACCGCCGCCGCCACCACAGAAGCAAUGCGCAAGAAUUCCGAUUUUCUAUCGCAAAUACUUGAUCAACAGUUGGCGGCCAAGGAGCAGCGGGCCAAGGCGCACAAGCGACGCACAUCGUACGAGGAGUUCAAGCGGCUUGUGCGCGAAAUCGAUGCCAACAACAGCGACAUGGAGCAGCAAGCGCUGGAAUGUCAGCUGGACACACCCACAGCAACAGCAACAGCAGCAACAAUAACAUCAGCAGCAGCAGCAACAUCGCCGCUUAAACGUCAGAAUUCGAGACAGCGCAAAAGUUUUGCCUCCUACUUUCUGCCGCGUCGCAACUCGACAGCCAAAGAGCCAAAGACUGGGCAAAUUGAGCUGGCAGCUCCAGAGCAACAUCAACAGCAGCAACAGUUGCAAUCGUAUGCCAAAAUGGCGAGCAGGAAAGACAGCUGUAGCUCCAGCGUCAGCUCCAGUGCCAGCUAUAAGCGUAAUUUUAAAAUCUAUGAUAAGCUCAUCUAUGGCACUAUCUAUGACAUAAUACAGCGCAAGAACGAUAUCUAUCAGUUUACUUAUCAGAAGUACGACAAAUACAUGACCUAUGGCACCAUCUAUGAGAUACUGCAUCGCAAAGCAACGCCCAUGCACGGCAGCAACUCGCUGACCACAGGCAGCGCCGACAAAUGGCAGCGCAAGAGUCUCAGCUCCAUACUAGAACGCGACACGGCAGCAACGUGCACAGCAGCAGCAACAACAACAACGGCGCUGCAAAUGCAUAAAUCAAAUGAUGUGAUAUAUGAUAUAAUACAAAAGCAGCAGGAAAAGCGCGAAAAAGAACGUCAAGAGCAAAAGCUGAAACAACAGCAGCAGCAGCAACAGCAGCAAUUGCUGCAACAGGAUGCAUCAACAGACGCUGCCACAAAUUUGGGCACGCAUGUCACGCACAAAUAUGGCACAAUUUAUGACAUCCUACAAGGAGAGAAAUUGGAAACCAGCGAGGAGGCAGCCAACCCGAAACCAGUUGCUGCUACAACGCGUUUCGUGGUUAGCCAUGUGGACGAACAGCAGCAGCUGCAACAGCAGCAACAUGCCGCCGACAGCAGCAAUGUUGUUGCUGCGGCCGACACGAAGUGCAGUAAAAUGCGACGCUUGUCGAAUAUUCUAAGCUACAACAAAUCAGUCAGCAGCCAAACGCCACAGGAUGCCGCCAGCAAUGACAACAGCAGCGAACAGCAGCAGCAGCAACAACAGCAACAGCUGCUGGCUAAGCGCAGCCAGGCCAAGCGUCGCGUGGGCGUUAGCAAUCUGCUGCUGCCGCUGGACUCCGAGGAGCUGUACACGCGCAUUAUAGCGCAGCAGCGAUGCGCGGGUAGCAAUAGCACCAGCUGCGGCAGCAGCAAUAGCUCGGGCAGCGAUGCCGACUGUCAGAUGGCGCUGACGAAAUCCAAUUCCUUGGAUGCCAUAUCCAUGUCCGUGGCCAUUUCGCCACCAGCCACGCCGUCGCCGCCACGCCCGCGUCGCAGUCUCAAGCAGCACAAAUGCCUGCAGCAACAACAGCAGCAGCAACAGUUGCUGCCGCCGCUGAUGAAGAAGCACUCGCUGGACAAUUGUCUGGCGGCGCCCAAACAGCCGCAACGUCGCUGGUCGAAUCAAACGCUGCUCAAAUGCACAUGCCACAUGCUCGACGAGCUCAGCCAUCGGCCCGGCCAUAGCCAUAGCCAUUGCACUUGCCCAACGCCCACAAUAGUCAGCCCGCCCCCACCGCCGCCGCCGCCGCCGUCGUCUCAUGGAUUGUCUGUCAUUGAGAAGUGCCGCUCACUUCCCGCCGCCUGCUCGCAUACGUGCAUAAAUUUAAGCUCCGGCUGUGCCGAUGCGGCGGCCAAGUCUAACACGAAAACUACAACAACGACAACAACAACACAGCUAACAACGUUGACUGUCAAGAAAGGCAAAUCGCGUCGACUUUCGGAAUUUACGCGUGGUGAAUUUUUAAAUGAAAAAUCUUGGUACUUCCGCAAAAUCAAACGCAUUGAGGCUGAGAAAAAAUUGCUACUGCCGGAGAACGAGCACGGCGCAUUUUUAAUACGCGAUUCCGAGAGCCGUCACAAUGACUACUCGCUAUCAGUUCGCGAUGGCGAUACAGUUAAACAUUACCGCAUCAGACAAUUGGAUGAGGGCGGCUUCUUCAUUGCCAGACGCACAACAUUCAGAACGCUACAAGAGCUUGUCGAGCACUAUUCCAAGGAUUCGGAUGGCCUGUGCGUCAAUCUCUGCAAACCGUGUGUACAGACAAAUACAUUUACGGGUAUUUUUGAGAUUGAAAAACCUGUCACCGAGGGCCUAUCGCAUCGAACACGCGAUCAAUGGGAAAUCGACAGAACUUCGUUAAAAUUCGUACGCAAACUGGGCUCCGGACAGUUUGGAGACGUCUGGGAGGGACUAUGGAAUAAUACAACGCCCGUGGCUAUCAAAACCCUCAAGUCGGGCACAAUGGAUCCCAAGGACUUCUUGGCCGAGGCUCAAAUAAUGAAGAAACUACGCCACACCAAGCUCAUACAGCUAUAUGCGGUCUGCACCGUCGAAGAGCCCAUCUAUAUUAUAACAGAGCUCAUGAAGCAUGGUUCCCUAUUGGAAUAUCUGCAAGCAAUUGCAGGCAAAUGUCGUAGCAUCAAAAUGCAAACGCUGAUCGAUAUGGCUGCCCAAAUAGCCGCUGGCAUGGCCUAUUUGGAAUCGCAGAACUAUAUACACAGAGAUUUGGCGGCGCGUAAUGUUCUCGUUGGCGAUGGGAAUAUCGUAAAGAUUGCCGAUUUCGGUUUGGCACGACUAAUCAAGGAGGAUGAAUACGAGGCACGCGUGGGCGCACGCUUCCCCAUUAAAUGGACAGCGCCAGAGGCGGCCAAUUAUAGUAAAUUCUCAAUUAAAUCGGAUGUGUGGAGCUUUGGCAUUUUACUCACCGAACUGGUCACCUACGGACGCAUACCCUAUCCAGGCAUGACCAAUGCCGAAGUAUUAACCCAGGUGGAGCACGGCUAUCGUAUGCCCAUGCCGCCCAAUUGUGAACAGCGUCUGUACGAGAUUAUGCUGGAGUGCUGGCACAAGGAUCCGAUGCGCAGACCCACAUUCGAAACCUUGCAAUGGAAGCUCGAGGACUUCUAUACAUCCGAUCAGAGUGACUAUAAGGAGGCGCAGGCCUACUGAUAAAUGCUUUAUGCGCCCGCUGCCAAACAUUGGCAAACUGGCUGCAACAGAGUGGCGCCCGGCGCUGCAGCCAGCCAAGCGGAGCAGACCAACAACAGCAACAACAACAAGAAGAAGAACGAAACAUAAAGCAAACGUGCGCCGUAAAACAGCAACCCAAAACGGACAAUUCUUAUUUAAUUACUUAUUUCAGUUUUGCACACAUUUUCUAUGGCAUCAUAAAGAAACAAAGGAAAGGCAAAUAUGUAAUCCCACGCUCCACCAAGAGCUGAGUGUACGUCUAGAUAUCAAUAUAUAUAUAUAUAUAUUGAGAUAUCUAUAUAUAUAUACAAACAUAUAUAAAUAUAUAGGAAUUACAUGUUAUUAGCGUUUAAGGCAGGAGGAUUUUAGUGUUUAGGGCAGGCGGAUUGCAGUGUGCUAAGAAUGAAAGUAUAUAUAUAUAUAAAUAGAUAUAUAUACAUAUUUAUAUAUAUAUAUAUAAAAAAUUAUAUGUAUGUGUAUUAAUAUUUGUAUUUUUGAUUUCAAAACACUUCUUUUGUUUCAUAAAACGCAUGUACAUUUAUAUAGCUGUGUAUGUAACAUAUAUCGUCAUGAUUUAUUCAAUCGAGCGCUAUUCUAGAACGCUGAUUUAUAUAAAGUGCAUAUAUCUAUAUAACAGAUGUAUUACUAAUCAUAUGGCGCACGCAUACAUAUACAUAUAGUUCACAUAUAUAUAUAUAUAUAUAUAUACGAAACGCAUAAAGUCACAGUUUUUUAUAGGAUCUUUAUAUGCAUAUUUGUUCUUUUUAGUUAUUUAGCCAUUAUAAACGAUAUUUAAAUACUUAUAUAUUUAUGCUUUUAGUUAAAAACAUUACGUGUCUUACCUUACAAACACACACAUAUACACACAUACACACACAUACACACACACACACACACACACACGCACACACACUCAACAUAAUCAACGACAUAUAUGCUUUAUCUUUAUCGUAUAAUCGUAAAAAGCAAAACAAAAAACAAAAAUGAAAAAAGAAAGUAAAUGUAAAACGAUUAAAAGUAAUUAAUAAUGCAAUGCAAUAAAGUAAACUCCAUAUUAUUAAUGUUAUACAUUUUAAUUGUAAUUUUUAACCAUUAAAUUAAACGCAUUCAAACACGAA